AUGGCAGAUAAGAUGUCCAUCGACAACAAAGAUCCCGUCAAGGAGGAUACUCCAGAGACCGUGGGUUCUAGUCCCGAGGGCGAACAUCAGCCUGCGCCUAAUGGCACUUCAAACAAUCCCAAUGGUGCUGCUGAGGGCCAGCAACCAAAGCGAAAGGGUGGCCGUAAGCCUAUCUACGCCACCUCCGAGGAGCGUAAGCAACGCAACCGCCAGGCUCAAGCUGCCUUCCGCGAGCGUCGCACAGAGUACAUCAAACAGCUCGAGGAAGCCAUUCGUGUUCAUGAGUCCAACCUGCACAACCUUCAGGCCGCUCAUCGCACUGCUGCCGAUGAGUGUCUGAUGCUGCGCUACAAAAACUCCUUGUUGGAACGCAUCCUCUUGGAGAAAGGCAUCGAUGUUCAAGCUGAGCUUCGUGCCAAAACUGGCAGCCCCAACUUGGGGCCGACUCAUGCUCCUCAAAAUAUGGUUCAGCCACCGCCUAUCCAGCGAGCCAUCCUGAACCGACAUCACCAGUCUCGCCGAUCCAAUUCGAGCAUCGCCCCGAAGCUGGAGCCCGGCAUCAGCCCUCUGCCCCCGCCGAUACAAGCAGCCCACUCUGCUGCUUCACCAAAGGGCCGGCCCACCCCUUCAUCACACUCCAACUCGCCAUCAAGCACGGCACCGUAUGGAGGCCAGCAGGCUCUUUCACCGGCAGCCUCUGACCACGGACCGCUUCGUCCUGGCAUGGCACCGUCCAUGAAGUCUCAACUCAGCCCCAUGGGCCCCAUGAACCCGGCCGCUCGAGCUCACAUGAUGUCCGGAGGCCCUCCUCGCGUCGGCAAUAACGGUUCAUACUACCCAACACCUGGGUUCCAGAACCACAUUGAGCAGCUAGAACAAGAGUAUGAUGCUCCAGCGGACAUGAUUGAAGACUCCGAGAUCGACACCCCAAGCGGGCCUGGGCCAUAUCCCAGCGGCUUCUCUGGCGACGCACCGCAGCAUAUGAUGACUUCGCCAAACUCCGUUGGUCCCGGCCACGGCCAGCACAUGACGUCUCAGGCCGAGCCAGCACAACCUACCCACACGACCCAGGGUGCAUAUCCCUCCAUGACCCAGCUCUUGGAUACCGGCAUUGAUUGGGAUCCCUUUGGACUGAGCGCCAGCAUGGCCUUCCCAUCACAAUUCUCUUUCGAUACCAGCAACAUGCGGUAA